AUGGCAAGCCAAAUAAAGAGCAGAGCUCUGAUCAUUGUUAAUUAUGAAUUCCAUGAAAGAAAUGCAGAAAAGAAUCUCAUCUCAAGACCAGGAGCCAGGAGGGAAGCAGACAGGCUUUUUAGAGCAUUAUCCAAGUGCAACUAUGCUGUGAAAUUGCACUAUGACUUGACAGCUAAGGAAAUAGAAGAACUUUACGAGGAAGAAUGCUGUGCAGAUCAUGGGGAUUAUUUUGUAAGUAUUCUAUCCAGUCACGGAGAAGAAGGGAUUAUAUUUGACUGUGAAGGACAACCAGUUCAGCUCACACAGAUUUUCCAGAUAUUAGCACCCCAAAGAUGUCACAAACUGGCUGGAAAGCCCAAAAUCUUCUUCAUUCAGGCUUGCCGUGGAAAGGAAAUUGAUCCAGGUGUUUGGUUACAGACAGACAGUGGUGGGUUACAGACAGACAGUGGUGGACCACAGACAGAGCGUUUCUUCCACUAUCUCUCCAUCCCCCAAGAUACUGCAGUAAUGUUUGCCUGUAGUCCAGGCUACGCUUCUUUCAUCAAUUGGUGGGAAUCCAUGUUCCUCAAGGCCUUGCUGGAGUUGCUAGAAGGAGAGGAAUGCCAUCUCGAACUUGCUCGUUUGAUGACCCGAAUUAAUUGGAGAGUCGCCUUUCAUUUCGAAGCAAAAGGGAAAUAUGAUGGGGGUAAAGAGAUGCCCUGCUUUGCCACUAAGAUGGUGAGAGAGGUUUACCCCUUCUCCUUGCAAAACCAUGGGCCAUAA